AUGGAGAAGAAAAUAAUAGAAUUCCUUACAGAAUGUCAAACUAAUAUUGGAAAUUAUUAAGAUCUAAUUUAAAUGGAAGAAAUUGUUCACUAACUUAUUUCAAUCGUUUGUACAACUUAUUAUCAUAUUUCGAAGACUUUCUUAUUGAGUAAGGUUAAUAAAGCUUUGAAGAAGAAAAAAAUAAAUAUCAAGCCCUAAAUCAAGAGUUUUCUAAUCUACAAGCAUAGUACACUCAGGCAUUAUUAGAAAUAGAAACACUUAAAACACAUCACAAUCAAGAUAUCGAAGAGUUUUCCAUAAUUGAGGAUAGAAUGAUUUAGAAAGAAUAUUACCUAGAAAAAGAAAAGGAUGAAUAACUUAACACUAUGAAAUCAAGCACAACUGAAAUGAUGAGAUCGUUAAAAAUUCAAUAAUAAUAAUUAGAAUAUUUUAAAAGAUAAAAUGAAGAUCAGUAGAUGGAGAUUAAAGAAUUGCGAAAAUUAUUAAUACAACAAAAGUAAUAAAAAUAGCCGAAUACUGAACCUGCUCUUGAUCAAUUAGAAUCUUAAAACCAAACUACAACAAAUAUUAAGGAACAAAAAGGUAAUAUUCCAUCUUGUGAAACUGUGAAAAUAAACGAAUAAGAUAGUAGCUUAAGUAUUGAAUUAAAUCAGCAAUCUAAUGUUUAGGAGAAUCAAUAAAAAGAAAAUACUUCUUUAAGUAUUCUACGUGUAAACAGCAUUAAAGAAACUAAUCAUCAUGUGAAAUAUGCUCGUUGUCAUUCUAAAAAUUAGAGUAUAAAUUGGGUUAAAUUGGCAACGAUUGCUUAAACUGAAUCAUCAAUAUCAUCCAAAUUAGAUAAUUAAGAAUUACUUAAUAAACAACAUCAAAGGAAGUUAUCAAAAUAUAUGAGUACUGACUGCGAACCUCUAUUUUUGAGUAACCGAAAUCCAUAUAAAGAUUUUUAUACAUUAGUAUGAAAAAAUUAUAUAACGUAGAUUAGUUAAUCUGUUAAACUAAACCUUAAUUAGACAAAGUAUUAUGUUAUUAAUGUAGACUCGCUUUAUAAUGAACUUUUGGCAGAAGGCGUUCCAUUUCAUAAAUGGUAUAAAAGAAUUGAAGACUAUAUUUUAAAAAAAGUGGAAUGA